AUGGGCUUGAGGUAUACUUCCUAUAUUGACCAUCCCAAGAACAAGCAUGCGAAGUUUGUCACGUAUGGGUGCUGUAAUUGUCGAACCCAUCUAUCAUCUUCAGCGCAAAUAAUGUCGAAGGACUACCGUGGAACUACUGGUGAUGCGUACCUGAUGAACCGCGUUGUGAAUGUCUUGGAGGGCGAUCGAGAGACACGAUGUAUGUUAACCGGCUGUUACGUGGUAUGCGAUAUCAAGUGUCAUAUGUGCAAGAAUUUGGUGGGUUGGAAGUAUGUGGAAAGUGAACGAAAGGACCAAAGGUAUAAGGAGGGCAAGUUUAUUUUGGAGCUCCAGACGAUUUGCAAAGUACAUUAA